AUGAUAAGGGAAGCAAAACAAGAAGAUAUGCAGGAAAGCCGAGAGGUGCGCCUAGCAGCAGCAGCAGCAGCAGAAAGCCCUCCUGCAGCAGCAGCAACAGCAGCAGCAAACCCUUUGGCGUUUCUGAUGGGUAUGAACAGCAACAAAGGAGAAGAUGAAGCAGCAGCAGCAAACAGCAGCAAAGAAAAAGAAGAUAAUUUAAAAGAAAUGAUAAUCAUAAACAACAAAUCGCCUGGUGUACAUACACCAGAAGAUAAUAAGACAAUUGCAAACCAGCAAGACGAAGCAGCAGCAGCAACAGGAACAGCAGCAACAGCAGCAGCAGAAGCAGCAACUGGAAAGCCUGCUGCUGCUGAUACCUCCCCAGCAGCAGCAGCGGCAGCAGGAACAGCAGCAGCAGCAGCAGCAGAAGCAGAAGGUGCAGGAGAUAUGCUUUUGAUUGAAAGCAAAUUUGAAGAAGAAGACAAGAAGAAAGAAAUUCUAAAUAACUCGGACUCUGAAGAAGAGGGUUAUGAGCUUGUUGAAAUGUGCAGAGACACCGCAGCCGAACGCCAACAGACAGACAGCGAAAAAGAUAAAGAUAAAGAUAAAGAAAGCAACAGACGGGUAUUUCUUUUGCUUUGCUGUAAUUAA